AUGGAUUCCGGGUCCCCUUGGGCUACUACCAUCCCCACCCUUGGAGGCACCCUCUCUGUCCCCAAUGCCACAACACUCUGGCUCGGCCGGGAUGAGGAGCUGGCCAAGAUGGAGAUUGGGGUCCUGGCCACUGUCCUGGUGUUGGCCACAGGAGGCAACCUGGCUGUGCUGCUGACUCUGGGGCAGCCAAGUCGCAAGCGCUCCCGCAUGCACCUGUUUGUACUACACCUGGCCUUGACUGACCUGGGUGUGGCACUCUUCCAGGUGCUACCCCAGCUGCUAUGGGACAUUACCUACCGCUUCCAGGGCCCUGAUCUCCUCUGCCGGACCGUCAAAUACUUGCAAGUGCUCAGCAUGUUUGCCUCCACCUACAUGUUGCUGGCCAUGACUCUGGACCGUUAUGUGGCUGUCUGCCACCCCCUGCGCAGCGUCCAGCAGCCCAUCCAGUCCACCUAUCCACUCAUCACAGCACCCUGGCUGCUGGCCGCCAUCCUCAGCCUCCCUCAAGUCUUCAUAUUUUCCUUGAGAGAGGUGAUCAAGGGCUCGGGGGUGCUGGACUGCUGGGCAGACUUCCGCUUCCCCUGGGGGCCACGGGCCUACAUCACUUGGACCACCCUGACCAUCUUUGUCCUGCCUGUUGCUGUGCUCACAGCCUGCUACAGUCUCAUCUACCACGAGAUCUGUAAGAACCUGAAAGUCAAGACACAGGCCUGGAGGGUGGGAAGGAGCUGGAGGACUUGGGAUGGGUUCUCCCAGAUGGCCCCGGCUGCAGCAACUUGGGGGCUGCCAUCCCGGGUCAGCAGCAUCAGCACCAUCUCCAGGGCCAAGAUCCGAACCGUGAAGAUGACCUUUGUCAUUGUGCUGGCCUAUAUCGUCUGCUGGGCACCCUUCUUUAGUGUCCAGAUGUGGUCCGUGUGGGACAACAAUGCCCCCAAAGAAGAUUCAACCAAUGAGGCUUUCACCAUCUCCAUGCUUUUGGGAAACCUCAGCAGCUGCUGCAAUCCAUGGAUCUACAUGGGCUUCAACAGCCACCUGCUGCCGCGCCCCCUGCGCCGUCUGGCCUGCUGUGGGGGUCUCCAGCCGCAGAUGAGUAGGCAGUUCUCCAACGGCAGCCUCUCAAGCCGCCGUACCACUCUGCUUACCCGUUCCAGCUGUCCUCCCACCCUCAACCUCAGCCUCAGUAGGAGACCUGGGCCUGAAGAGUCACCCAAGGACCUACAGCAGGCAGGUGGGGAAGCCAUCAGUGAGAUGGGCAUCUUCUAG